ACGCUGAUGGUAUAAAAGGAGUAUGGACACAAUGUUGUAUUAGACUAACUUAAAAGGUCACUGAUGCACCUUACUUAUUGCAACUCUAAGCUGUCAUCUCAGCUGCAUGUUGACACAAGGUGGUUGUGAAUGUGAAUUAAUAUGUUCUCUCUGUCUCUCCUUUUGUUCUUCUGCCAUCCAGGAUUUGAUUCCAGCUUCCUGAACUUCACUGGCCAUCUACAUCAACACAUCUUGAGAGCCAACUUAGCAGUAUGGCCACUCCCAUCCGACUCCUCAUCUUGUUGGGUGGCGAAAGUGCAGAGAGGAUGGAAUUAUCAACGAUGCCGGACACAGUUGAGGAGCUCAUUGAACAGGUCAAAAACGUAUGCAAACUUUGUGGAGACAUCAGGCUGCAAUACAAGGAUGAUGACUUUGGUGGAACAUUUGUUAACUUGAGCUCAACUUCAAUGAUCAAAGAUCUCACUACAAUCAAGAUCAUACAAGCUGCUCCUGAUAUUGUUCUGAGUUUCAUUGAAAGUGUCCCAUCUGAUUUGAGUGACUUAGACACAAGCCUGGUCUCACGAAACACUGAUACAGAUGACACAGUCAUACUCAGCCGCAGCUCCUCUGACAGUGAGGGACUGAGAAAAGAGCCGUGGCCGAAGGAGUUCAUUAUCCCGCCCUUCUCCCUUGAAACAGAAGGUCAACUUCAGAGAGGGAAUUCAGAAUAUGCACAGAACCAAACCAGACUGACUCCUUCAUCAAAAAUGCUGUCUGACAUACUGGAAAGAUUGGCAGAGAAGAUUUUUUCCUACAAGGCGUACCCCACUGAUGCAGACCUGAGUGAAGUUGCAGAGGCUCUGACAAGGAGACAUCCCUGCCUGAGACAACCAGACUCCUUCAAUGAGAGUUAUGGAUGGAAACUGAAGCUCAAGAGUAAGAUGCACAACUACCGCACUCAGCUGAGGUCACAUGGACUUUCGUCUGAGCUCAUGGUGAACACACUGAAGUCCAAGUCACGAGAAGAUGCUGAUCCCUUCCCAGCAAAGAAUGUCAAAAAGGCAAGAAGAGGUGAGACCAAUUACUAUCCUCAACCCAGCGGAGACAGUCCUGAAAACCUCGAGCAAGAAAGAGCAUCUCUUCUGACAGAAAUAAAGAUAAGAAAUAAUGAGAGAACCAUACGGGAGAAGAUGGCCAGGACUUUUCAGUUCAGGAGGCAAGAGAUUGUGGAUCAGAAGCCAACCAUCGAAAACCUCAUGGAAAGAUGGCCAGCUUUAUUUCAGAUGGGAGAGGUUGAUGCAGAGUUUCAGCGGGUUACUGCAGUUCCCCUCCUGACCAGAUUUAUGGCGCACCUGGACAAGCACUCCCCGCAGCUACUGAAGAUCUUCAGAAAGAAGGGAGGGACCACUAAAGCAAAAACUGCCGCGAUCCUGGAGUUUCUUGAUCAGGGUGCUGAUGCCGAUAUCAGAAGGGAGUGCAUCCUCAAAGCUCUCAUCAUCUACCUAGGAGAACAUGUGGAGGACCUAUUAAAGGAAUACAUGGUAUGUCCAGAUAUAUUCUGUCACCGAUUAUUCAACUUCAUUAAUCGUGGGAGACCACCUAUGCUGUUAUAUGUAGUUAUUCAUGAGGUGUGCCAGACUGCAGUUGUUCAGUUGCAUUUUUCAAAUAUUUUGCCUCAGGUGUCCCAGAAAGAUCAAGCCGUGCAGGAGCUGGAGAGGACCACCAUGGCAGUCUUCGUCUUCAGAGAGAAUUCAAGCCUUCUCCAACAGCCCCAAGACGUCGGGAUUAUCAUUGAUGGUGUGGAAGUCCUCAAUGAGUUGCCUUCUGUUGCAGCAGGAGUUGUAAUGCUCUUUGGACUUUGCUAUGCUCUUAACAUGGAAUAUCCACAGGGUUUCAGGUUCACCUUUGAGGCCCUUCAGAAGAUCCUGAUGGAGCUUGGUUCCAACAAGAUGACUUCCAAGAUUCGCAAACUCAGUGGUGAACUCAAAACUGCACAGUAGUGUAUGUGUGCUUAGUGUGUGCUUAGUAGUUGCCACUGGCUUUUAUUUAAGAGGUAGUCAACCUCAGCAGCACUUGAUUGUACAAGCUCAUGGGGUCACUUUCAUGGAGUGCUUUUGUUGGAUUUUGAGUUUGGUUUUUUUUUCUUUUUUUUUUUUCAAUAUGAUGUUAAGAGAUGACACUCGUUCCCAAAAAAAGCAAAUAUUUCAUUCAAGUUAAGUUGUACGUGUAAAGUACACAACAAUGAGUACACCCAGUUUCAAAAUCAACAUUUUGAACAAUAUAUCAGUAAGCAUGCAAAUUAUAUCCAAAAUGCGCAUAGGUAAAACAUCCGUUUGACUUACAACUGAAAAGUAAGGUUAAUUCAUCAACACAACUUGAGAUUCAACUUAGCACCACUCCGAUCUGACUCAUUACUGCAGUCAAUAUCAAGCUAUCUGCUCCUGAUAUUGUUCUGAGUUUCAUAGAAACUGAAAGUGUCCCAUCGGAUUUGAGUGACUUAGACACAACCCUCAUCUCACCAAACACUGAUAGACAAUAGUCAUACUCAAGUUAUAUUCUUAGCAUUACUUUUCUGUUGUAAGUGCAACAGAUGUUGUUAAACUUCUUCUAUGCACAUUUAGGAAAUAACCAGUGUACUUUUCGGUAUUUUUGAAAAUUUUACUUUUCAACUGGUUUGUUCAUUAUCAUAGUGCACUGUCUGUUGAGUUAGUAUGUAGUUGCCACCAGAUUCUAAAUUUAGAGAUAAAUGUCAGUGGCGAUUGGCUGUUUGGGGCCAUGGGGUCAUUUUCAUGGUGUGAUGUUGCCUUUAACAUUUUGUUGGGAUUUGAGUAUUUUCAGUUCAGAUGUGUAUGAACAGUACAACAAUGAUGGGGUACACCCCUUUUUUAGAACAAUAUUCAAUUAGCACACAAGUUAUUUGCAAGAGGUUUCAGGUUCACCUUUGAGGCCUUUCAGAAGAUUCGGAUGGCGCUUGGUUCCAACAAGAUGACUUCCAAGAUUCAUAAACAUAACGGUGAACUCAAAACUGCUCAGUAAUGUAUAUUUUUGUGUGUGCAGUGUGAAGAUAAAACAUCUGCUGGGGUUACCACAGAAAAGUAAGGUUAAUACAGCAAACACAACUUAGCAAUAUGGCCUCUCCUAUCUGACUCCUCAUCUUGUUGAGUGGCGAAAGUGCAGAGAGGAUGGAAUUAUCAAGGAUGCUGGACACAGUUGAGGAGCUUAUUGAACAGGUCAAAACAUAUGCAAACUUUGUGGAGACAUCAGGCUACAAUACAAGGAUGAUGACUUUGGUGGAACAUUUGUUAACUUGAGCUCAACACCCAUGAUCAAAGAUCUGACCACAGUCAAGAUCAUACAGGAUGCUCCUGAUAUUGUUCUGAGUUUCAUUGAAAGUGUCCCAUCUGAUUUGAGUGACUUUGAUCAUGGAGGUUGCACUCAAGUCAACACAUUUUCUGCCAAAGAAUUUACCCCAGUCCGAUCAUACAAUCAGCUCCUGAUAUUGUUCUGACUUUCCUAGACGGUGUUCUAUCUGAUUUCAGUGACUUGGUCACAAGCCCCGUCUCACGAAACACUGAUACAGAUGACUCACUUGUGCUCACGUUACAGUCUUAACCUUCCUUUCCUGUUGUAAGCUCAACAGAUGUUAUAUAAACUCAAUACACAUUUUGGAAAUAACUUGUGUACUUUUUGAAAUAUUGUCAAUUUUACUAUUCAAAGGCGUGUUCAUUAUCACUGUGCAUGGUACAUUGAUAUAGCCUGUAGUUGCCACUGAGGUAGAAGACCAAUGUUAGUGGCAAUUGCUUGCAUGGUGUCCUUUUCAUGGAAUACCAUUUAAUUUUGUGCUUUACGUUCUGAGUAUUGAGUAGUCUCUGAUCUCUAGAGACAGCACUCCUUAAGCAAUAAUAAAUACCUCAGUUAGCCUAAUGAAAGUUCAGAUCAGAUGAGCCUGUGGCCCAUUAAUGUCCAUCCAUUUCAUUUGCUUGGUAAGCCAUCCAUCUUCAUCUAUCUUUCGGAUGUAACAAACUGUAUAUGGAGUAACAAUUACAUGUUUAUAUUUGUUUCUGAACAUGCUA